AUGACUGACCAUCAACAGAAUCAUGAGGUCGGCCAGUCCAGCUCCCCUCCCCAUGAGGAGGAAGAGAUCUCCCGGUGGAGCUCUGAAAUUGUCCCGGAAAAUGAAAAGGCUGUAUUUGAGCACAUCCGUCCCGAAGAUCGCCAGCAACUGUCCCGUAUUGCUUCCAAUUUCCCGCGGCACCGCGCGGCCGACUCUGGGGUGGCUGGAAUGGGCAAUAUUGAACGCAAGGAUACACUAGAAGAUCUGGAGCUAGGCGACCCUGUGCUAGAUCCCACAAGUGACCAAUUCAACCAUUACAAAUGGGCUCGGAUGAUGCUGAAGCUGAUGGACAAGGAAGGGGUUCCGCUCCGCAAGUCGACUGGUGUGGUUUGGGAGAAUCUCAGCAUCUCCGGCUCUGGCUCUGCGCUACAUUACCAGAACAAUGUUGGCUCGGUUCCCCUGGCUCCUUUUCGACCACAGGAAUAUAUCUCGCUCGGAAAGUGUGUACAGCAGAAGCAUAUUCUCCACAACUUCGAUGGAGUCCUCAAAAGCGGCGAGAUGCUCAUUGUCCUGGGAAGACCUGGAAGCGGCUGCUCCACCUUCCUCAAGUCCCUCUCCGGCGAGUUGCACGGGCUGAAAGUUGGGAAGGGCUCGGAUAUCCAAUACAAUGGCAUUCCUAUGGAGAGAAUGCACAAGGAAUUCAAGGGCGAAGUCCUAUACAACCAGGAAGUCGACAAGCACUUUCCCCAUCUCACCGUGGGCCAAACAUUGGAGUUUGCGGCUGCUGCUCGCACCCCCGAGAGCCGGCUGAAUGGCAUUAGUCGAGUGUCUUACGCCAAACAUAUCACUCAAGUGGCAAUGGCUGUCCUAGGCCUAAGCCACACAUACAACACAAAAGUUGGAGACGAUUAUAUCAGAGGCGUAUCUGGAGGUGAACGAAAGCGAGUCAGUAUCGCUGAGAUGGCACUAUCUGGAGCUCCGGUUGGCGCCUGGGACAACAGCACUCGUGGUUUGGAUUCGGCCAGUGCCCUCGAAUUCGCCAAAUCCCUUCGUGUUUCCGCCAAUCUCACAGGCGCUUGUCAUGCUGUCGCCAUCUAUCAAGCAUCUCAGGCCAUCUACGAUGUCUUCAAUAAAGUCAUCGUGCUUUACGAAGGCCGAGAAAUAUUCUUCGGUCCCUGUGACCAAGCGAAAGAUUAUUUUUACGAUAUGGGAUGGGAGUGUCCACCACGCCAAACAACGGGAGACUUCCUAACAUCGGUCACUAAUCCACAGGAGCGAGUCACGCGCGAGGGAAUGGAGAACAAGGUCCCCCGUACACCAGACGAGUUCGAGAAAUACUGGAAGAAGAGCCCGCACUAUGCCGCAUUGCGAAAGGAAAUUAAACAGUACCGCGAGGAGUACCCUCUUGGAGGCACGGCCGGCAAGGAGUUUGACGAAGUCAAAAGGCAGCGGCAAGCAAGCCAUGUGCGCCCAACGAGCCCCUACAUUAUCUCCAUCCCGAUGCAGGUGCGACUUUGCACCAAGAGAGCUUAUCAGCGGAUCUGGAACGAUAAACCAUCUACAUUGACGACCGUCAUUGGGCGAAUUUUCAUGUCCUUGAUUAUCGGUUCAAUUUACUUCGGCACACCUAAUGCAACAGCGGGUUUUCAGAGUAAAGGCGCGGCGCUCUUCUUUUCCGUUCUGAUGAAUGCCCUCAUCAGUAUUACAGAGAUCAACUCACUUUAUGACCAAAGACCCAUUAUUGAGAAGCAAGCUUCUUAUGCCUUUGUCCAUCCAUUUACGGAGGCACUUGGUGGUAUUGUCGCUGACAUACCCGUCAAGUUUGUGUCUGCGGUGGUCUUCAACAUCAUUUUCUACUUUCUAGCUAGCCUGAGAUAUGAGCCAUCUCAAUUUUUCAUUUUCUUCAUCUUUACAUUCCUCAGCACACUGGCAAUGUCAGGCGUGUUUCGAACGCUGGCCGCAUCUACCAAGACUCUCGCACAAGCCAUGUCUAUGGCUGGUGUGAUCGUCCUGGGCAUCGUGAUCUAUACUGGGUUUGUCAUUACCGCACCUGAGAUGAGCAAGAUUCCUUGGUUUAGCUGGAUCCGUUGGAUCAAUCCAAUCUUCUAUACCUUUGAAGCCCUGAUUGCCAACGAAUUUCAUGGCCGGCGUUUUGAAUGCUCGCAAUUUAUUCCAGGAUACCCCAGCCUAACCGGCGAUGCCUUUAUCUGUUCAGUUCGUGGGUCUGUUGCCGGAGAAAGAACCGUCUCUGGUGACGCUUACAUUGAAACACAGUAUAAGUACACCUAUGCACACGAGUGGCGAAAUUUCGGUAUCCUGAUUGGAUUCUGGAUAUUCUUCACGGCACUAUAUCUGAUCGCCUCAGAACUCAAUUCCGCUACUUCAUCUACAGCCGAAUAUCUAGUCUUCCGGAGAGGCCAUGUACCCGCUCAUUUGCGUCAUCUGGAAAAGGGUGGUAACGCGGCCGGCGCAACAGAGGUUGCUCCGACUUCGAAGGCUACCGAGAAAGAGAAUGAUACUUCGGCAAUUCCUUCGCAGCAUGAUAUCUUCACUUGGCGGAAUGUUUGCUACGAUAUUCCUGUCAAGGGUGGUGAGCGCCGCUUGCUUGACCAUGUUUCUGGCUGGGUAAAGCCAGGUACUCUCACUGCUUUGAUGGGUGUCUCCGGAGCCGGCAAGACUACAUUACUUGAUGUUUUGGCCAAACGUGUCUCUAUUGGAGUUGUCACAGGCGACAUGUUGGUAAAUGGGACCCCAUUGGAUAACAGUUUCCAAAGGAAGACUGGCUAUGUUCAACAACAGGAUCUUCAUCUUCCUACGACAACUGUCCGUGAGGCUCUUCGGUUUAGCGCUAUGCUGCGUCAACCUAAAUCGGUAUCAAAGAAAGAAAAGUACGCCUACGUCGAAGAUGUCAUCGAUAUGCUUGCUAUGCAAGAUUUUGCAGACGCGAUCGUGGGGACACCAGGAGAGGGUUUGAAUGUUGAACAGCGCAAACUAUUAACCAUCGGAGUUGAGCUGGCUGCCAAACCAGCCCUGCUGAUCUUCCUCGACGAACCAACCAGUGGAUUGGAUUCCCAAAGUUCGUGGGCUAUCUGUUCGUUCCUAAGGAAAUUGGCUGAGCAUGGCCAAGCUGUGCUCUCCACGAUUCAUCAGCCCAGUGCCUUGUUAUUUCAGCAGUUUGAUCGUCUACUCUUUCUGGCCAAAGGUGGAAAAACCGUAUACUUCGGAGAAAUCGGUGGUCAAUCUCGGACCCUUCUAGAUUACUUUGAGAGUAAUGGUGCAAGAUCCUGCGGCUCCUCUGAGAACCCUGCAGAGUACAUGCUGGAGAUAAUUGGCGCUGGCGCUUCCGGCAAGGCCACUCAGGACUGGUCUAAAGUGUGGAACGAAAGCCAACAGGCAAAAGAUGUGCAGGUUGAGAUCAAUCGAAUCCAUGACGACCGAGUUUCAGCACCUGCCAGUAGCCAACAAGAUCAGUCCCAGGUCGGUGAAUAUGCCAUGCCUUUUGCCUACCAGCUCUGGUACGUUACCCACCGUUCAUUCCAAGGAUUUUGGCGCGAGCCCGCAUACGUGUGGGCCAAGAUCAUGUUGGCCACCCUCUCGUCUCUUUUUAUUGGAUUCACGUUCUUCAAACCGGAUAGCUCGUUGCAAGGGUUCCAGGAUGUCAUUUUUAGUGCCUUCAUGUUGACCUCGAUCUUUUCAACGCUCGUCCAACAAAUUAUGCCGAAGUUCGUCGUGCAACGCUCCCUGUACGAAGUGCGUGAGCGGCCUUCCAAGGCGUAUUCCUGGUCUGCAUUCCUUAUCGCCAAUGUCAUUGUCGAGAUCCCAUACCAAGUAUUUGUUGCCAUCAUCGCUUGGGCCUGCUACUACUACCCCAUCUACGGUGCUGAGCAGGCCUCGCAACGACAGGGUUUGAUGUUGCUAUUCGUUAUCCAGUUCUAUUUAUUUACAUCCACGUUCGCUUCCUUCAUCAUCUCCGCCCUACCGGAUGCUGAAACGGGUGGCACCAUCGCGACCCUGAUGUUCAUCAUGACUCUCACAUUCAACGGCGUCUUACAAUCUCCAACCGCCCUCCCUGGAUUCUGGAUCUUCAUGUACCGCGUCUCGCCGCUGACAUACCUGGUUGCCGGCGUCACAGCGACAGGUUUGCAUGACCGUCAAAUUGAGUGUUCUACAGCCGAGCUGAGCGUGUUCAAUCCUCCAUCCGGACUGACUUGUGGUGCGUAUCUCGACCAAUACGUCACCGCUUCGGGCGGCCAGCUCUACAACCCGGGCGCAACGAGCAAUUGCGAGUUCUGCCAGCUCAGCAAUGCCGAUCAGUAUCUAGCAGCGAGUAACAUCUACUACAGCGAGCGCUGGCGGAACUUCGGCAUCGGCUGGGCCUAUAUCGGAUUCAACAUCUUCGGUACGGUCAUGAUGUACUACAUGUUCCGCGUGAAACAUUAUAACCCAACAUCCAUAGUCCGUGGUAUCCGUGAGGGAGGUUCAUUCCUAUGCCGCGUCUUCAAGCGGCGCUCUGGAAUCACGCCCAAAGGCAAGGAGGCGGAUAAUGGACGGCUGGUUUAA